UCAAGCCUAACACACGCCUCUCGCUGCGCGUCGAUCUGCGAUUACGUGUUACUCAAAUUUUUGUAAACAUGCCGGUUUGUGGAAGUUGUGAGGAAGACGUCACCGAUGCAAUCCUUUGCACCGUAUGUGAUAAGCAUUACGACUUCGGCUGUGCCGGAAUAACAGAAGCUAAAUACCGGAGAUUAGGCGAGCGUAAGAAGAAAGAGUGGAGCUGCCACACCUGUAACUUCAAUGCGCCCACCACAGACGCCCCGCUGCCCUCAACAUCUUCAACAUCGACUCCGCCUACCUUGGAGAUGGUCAUGCAGCGUCUCGACAGUCUAUCACUGCAACUGGCCCCGCUCAAGAGUCUCGAGGUCAUCAAGAGUGAUAUAUCUAAGUUGAAGACAUCGACGAAUAAUAUAGCGAAGCGAAUUGACUCCCUUGAAGCUCGUGUCACCAAAGUCGAAGAUACACAGCCGGAAACAGGUCUGUUGAACAACAAGAUUCUCCAACUUGAAUCCGCCUUAGAGUUGAAGGACCAGUGGCUGCGCGCUAACAAUUGCGAAAUAAAAGGAAUCCCACAAAAGCAUGGUGAGAAUCUUUUCGAUUUCCUAUUCAAAGUUGGGCAAACCAUAUCAUAUCCCGUGAGCAAGGAGAAGAUAAAUUUCAUAGCCCGAGUUCCAGCUCGUGACGGCGGUAAGACGUCUGUUAAGCCAAUUAUAGUCUCGUUCACGAACAGAUAUGACAAAGAGAACUUUGUAGCUGCUGGACGAGCCAUGAAAGGACUUAAUCUGUCAUCCAUAGGGCUGCAAGGAUCGAACACCAUCUACAUUAAUGACCACCUCACAGCGCAGCAAAAGCAGCUACUUGGAUCCGCGAAGUCCUUAGCAAAGGAAAAGGAUUUUCAGUUCAUCUGGGUGAGCCACGGAAAAAUCCUUGCCCGCCGGAAUCCUGCAUCCCCGGUUAUUCAGAUCAAGACUCAAAACGAUCUAACCAAAAUAAACUAAUAUUAUAUUAUGACGUAGCAUCUAGUUACCUUAACUUAACUGUCGUAGUUACGUCUGUGUGCUUUUGUCUACUUUACAUGUUGUUGAACCAGUUUCCAGUUGUAAUUGCCGCUUAUGAAUUGAUGCCACUUACUAAACUAAACGUUAUUACAAUAUACACACCGCUUAUUUUUCAUUAUCGCUAUUCGAUGCUACUGCUGUUGUUUACCUGCCUCGGUAUUCAUCCUUAUCUAUAUGCCUACUUAUUCGCCUCGCAAAUGUUUGAGUCAUUCGUUGAUAUAUAUUUAGCCGUGCAUUUUUUAAUAAACUAUACGCUUGAAAUAAUUAAUAACUGCCAGCUUAUGUUGUUACUUGUACUUACAAAUAGGUAUAAGUAUAGUGUUUACCCAAGCAGAUUAUUUGAGUUAAUUUCGUUGAACUUAGGUACUUUUCGCGCUUGCGCAGCCACCUAUCUAUCACUCGUUUAUUCGUCACUAUAUCUGUAUACCUAUAAUAAUCCAUUUAGAUUCGCACAAUUAGUUACUAUUAUUACUCAUUCUAAUGUCGAACUUUAGAGUGUACUACCAGAACGCCCGCGGACUUAGGACUAAGACAGACACUUUUAAACGUAAUGUUGCGCUAAACGAUUAUGAUGUAAUUACCAUAACUGAGACAUGGUUAUUGGACGGCAUUAUGAACAGUGAGCUAUUCGAUGAUCGGUACUGCGUAUGGCGUAGGGACAGAGACUAUGCUCGUACUAAGCAGUCUCGAGGCGGGGGCGUACUGAUAGCGGCCAAGCGCACUCUCCAGCUGCACUGUAAUGAGAACUGGAAAUCCACCGCCGAAGAUAUCUGGGUAACUAUAACUAUUCCACGCUGGGGUAAACUGCCCUCAUACAAACUACACCUUUGCACUUUAUACCUAUGCUCAGAAAACAAUGGCCUAAACUUUAACAUUCAAUUACGAAACUUUAUUAGUAAUAUAAACACUAUCAUAACUAACUCCGAAGGUGACAAAUUUAUGUUGUUGGGAGAUUUCAAUAUGAGUAGCAUCACCUGGGAAGCUGCGGAUAUUGGCUUCAUAGCCACUGAUGUAACUAGCGAUCAUGUUGCAGACUUUGUUGACUCACUCAAUAUUCUUAACCUAACUCAAUACAACGGUAUAGUCAACAACUUUGACAGGAUCCUUGACCUGAUCUUAUGCAACGACUAUAUUUCUGUGUAUGCUUGCGUAGACCCCCUAGUUUCAGAAGACCCAUACCACAGGGCACUUUGCAUAAAUGUCUCGUUUAUUAAUUUUAAGCCACUAAUUGAAAAACCACGUAAAGUGUAUUCUUACCAUCGGGGUGACUAUGACGCUGUUUGCUCAGGGAUCUCUGAAAUUAAUUGGUCACAGCAAUUAAUGCUGAAUAAUAUAGACGACGCCUUAGAAAUUUUCUACAACAUCAUCUAUGAUCUCCGAGAUAAGUAUAUCCCAUUACGUUCUGCAUCCAAAAAUAACUAUCCUCCAUGGUACAGUACCCCUCUUAUAAAAAUUAUUAAAGAAAAAUAUAAAUUUCACCGCAAAUAUAAAAUAUACGGUAAUAUUAGCGAUAAUUUAUCUUACAAACUUCUUCGUGAUAGAGCAGUAAAAAUGGAGAAAGAAUGUCACGAUACCUACAUAUCUCGUAUGGAAGAAUCCAUAGCAGUCAACCCGAAAAUGUUUUGGUCUUAUCUUAAACAAAACCGUACUAAUAGCGCUCUUCCCGCCUCCAUGUCAUAUGCAGGUACCAUCGCAUCAUCAGGCGAAGCAAUCAGCGAACUCUUCUCUAGGUUCUUCCACUCCACGUUUCUUAGUGGUGGUUCUAAUACCCCAGCUUCCGAUACUAAAGUUCAUCACUCAUCCAGUGACAUCUUCACUAUUGAAAUUAACCAACCAGAAGUCGAAAGAUUACUUGGGACUCUCGACAUUAGUAAAUCGGCAGGUCCAGAUAUGCUUCCCGCAAUAUUUUUUGUCAAGUGUGCUAAGGAAAUAAGUGUACCUUUAUCCCUACUGUUCAAAAAAAGCAUCGACGAAGGUGUAAUGCCGCACAAAUGGAAGUCCGCAUUUAUUACUCCCAUUCACAAAUCAGGAUCAAGAGACUGUGUUGAACACUAUAGGCCCAUCUCCAAAUUGUGUCUACUAGCUAAAAUAUUCGAACGAGUCAUAUAUAAUCAACUAUAUGAAAGCAUUAAAUCUGAUUUGAGCCCAACUCAACACGGGUUUCUUAAGAGAAGAUCUACAGUUUCUAAUUUGAUACUCCUUGACGACUUCGUCUCUGAUAACAUGAACAAUGGCAAUCAGGUCGACACUAUCUACACAGACUAUAGUAAGGCCUUCGAUAGGAUAGAUCACAGACUGCUCUUAAUGAAAUUGUGUGAUUUGGGUAUUCGAGGUGAUCUCUUUCGUUGGUUCACGUCAUAUGUACGUAAUAGAACUCAGGCCGUGGUGCUAAAUGGCUACACAUCUGCUUGGCGUAACAUUCCAUCCGGAGUUCCCCAAGGAUCUCUGCUAGGGCCCUUACUUUUUGUUAUAUUCAUUAGAGAUAUUGACAACUGUUUUCAUCACUCCCAUCACUUGCUAUUCGCAGACGACAUGAAGCUUUUCAGAGUGGUGAAUGAUGAGUUAGAUGCCUCACUUCUCCAAGAAGACUUAAAUAGGCUUGAUUCUUACUGUGAGCGUAACAAAUUGGAAUUGAAUGUUUCCAAGUGUUACUCUCUCACUUUUACAAGGAAACGUUCCCCAUUUAAAUCAAAUUACACGAUAAAAAAUCACGCUCUAUCCCGUGUGUACCACAUUCGUGAUUUGGGUGUGAUUCAAGAUAGUAAGCUGUUAUUCGAUAAGCAUAUAGAAUCUAUAGUUAACAAAGCAUCCAAAGCUUUAGGCUUCAUUAUGCGAUCUACUAAACAAUUUAAAAGUAUGAAGACAGUAAAACUGCUAUACUGUUCAUAUGUACGGAGCAAUCUAGAAUGCGCUUGUCAGGUAUGGAACCCUUGUUACGACAUUCACUCGGAUAGGAUUGAAAAAAUUCAGAGGAAAUUUACACGAUACCUUAAAUUUAAGUUUCGUAUUCCAAACAGUAUGGAUUAUAAUCUGAGAUGCAUUAAAUUCCAUCUAUUGCCACUUCACCUGCGUAGGACCGUGUCGGAUAUAAUUUACCUCAUAAAGCUUGUUAGAGGAAUAAGCGACUGUCCUGAUCUACUCUCUAAAAUUAAUAUUUAUGCACCUGCGCGAUCAUUUAGAAUGAAUAAACUUUUCUUUGUGCCAAUCGUUCACACUAAUUACAGAAGAAACUCCUAUAUACUAAGAGCGUGUAGUACAUUUAACAGGCUGUGCAGCGAAAUCGAUCUUGACAUCUUCAGUAGUAGCAUUGAAUCAUUUAAAACUCAUUUUAUUCGGACUUUUGUAGCAUCAACUCAACAACUUGGCUAAAUUAAUUAAUUAAUUAAUCAUAUCUACUCAAGUGGUUCUUAUUGUUCU